AUGGUUAGACCUACUGGCGAUUUCGACACCCACUUCAACAAAGAAACUGAUGAGAUAACUUCUGAUGGAGUACUCACAGUGAGCAAGUUAAACAGAGAACAAUCUGCAUUCCCAGAGUUCUUGCCUACUUGGGAUCCAAGCCAGAAGUACGCGCCAUUGAAGUUUUUCGUUCACAAUGACCCAGGAAGCAGAGCCGACCCAGGGUUCCCUAACCUUCUUCCACAAGAUGGACAACAAAAAGUCAAGAGAGUGACUCCAAAAUUGGGAACGGAAAUUACCGGAGUUCAAUUGUCUCAAUUGGAUGACAAUGGAAAGGAUGAGUUGGCUUUGUUGGUUGCACAGAGAGGUGUCGUGAUUUUCAGAGAUCAGGACUUUGCCAAUCAGGGCCCAGCUUUUGCAACCAAGUACGGUGAACAUUUUGGAAGAUUGCACAUCCACCCCACCUCUGGAGCUCCAAAGGGUCACCCAGAAUUGCACAUUACCUACAGAAGAGCCGAUCCAUCCGAGUUCAACAGGGUGUUUGCUGAGAGAACGAAUGCCAUUUCGUGGCAUUCAGAUGUCUCAUACGAGCUUCAGCCUCCAGGAAUCACCUUUUUCUCUGUUUUGGAAGGUCCCGAUGCCGGUGGAGACACCAUCUUCGCUGACACUGUAGAGGCCUACAAGAGAUUAUCGCCUGAAUUUCAGAAGAGAUUGGAGGGCUUGCAUGUUUUGCACACUUCGGGAGACCAGGCCUCCAACUCGAGAUCGCAGGGCGGAAUUGAGAGAAGAGAACCUGUGUCCAACAUCCAUCCUUUAAUUAGAACCCACCCAGUGACCAAGGAAAAGAUCAUUUACUUGAACAAGCCAUUUUCGAGAAGAAUUGUCGAGUUGAAGCAGGAGGAGUCCGACUACUUGUUGAACUUCUUGUACAACCACAUUGAGUCUGCUCUUGAUUUGCAAUUGAGAGCCAACUGGGAGCCCAAGACGGUGGUUGUGUGGGACAACAGAAGAGUUGUCCACUCUGCCAUCAUUGAUUGGGAGGAGCCUGUUUCCAGACAUGCAUUCAGAAUCACUCCUCAAGCUGAAAGGCCUGUGGAGGAUUUGAAGGACUUGAACAAACCAGAGUACGAUGUUGGCGAUGUUGAAGAGGCGCUUUCCAGAUUGGGAAAGUAA